AUGACCUCGCCGAAACAACCGGGACAAUUACUUAUCGUUAUCUUGGGAGAUCCAGAAGUUUCCGAGACGUUGAGCCGUCAAUUUGAUACCGUUGAACGUCCUGACAAACCAGUACACGUUCCUAGCCGGGACGCGCCGCAUAGGCUUAUCCGGACGGGAGAGAACGAAACGGAGAUUUUGAUCGAAUUAUGGGAUAGAGGAGGAUACGAUACCCAUGGGAUUGUCAAUUUUUAUUGUUCCCGCGGCCAGGCAUUUAUUAUCGCCUUCAGCAUGAACUCCAAAAAGACUUUUGACGCUAUUAGGAAAUUCAAGUCUGCGAUUGAGCAGGCUGGACGAGGACAGUGUCCUCAAACCCUGGUGGGAAUGUAUAAUCCUAGCCGACAAGUGGAGGUGACGGAACAAGACGCCAAAGAGCUAGCUACGGAGUUGAAACUUGGGUACUUCAUUGUCCAAACUACGAGCUUUGACCAAGUUAUGGCGCCGUUUUUCCACCUAUGUCGUCGUCAAUCUCAGCAAACCGAAUCGGACAUGUUGGAUAUCCAGCCGCCGGCCGGCUAG